AUGGCAACGUUUGGCUGUGCACAGUGUACGAAGUGCGGAGGCUACUGGAAAGCCACGGCCGACUACACCGUCAGCACCAAGGACCGUGGGCGGCGGAAGCAUCCGGACAACGACCUGAGCAUCAUCGACUGCAGCCGCUGCGGCUGCCCGCCGGCUUCCCACGAGGCACUGAUCGCAGAGAACGAGCGCGAAGCCGGCAAUGACUCAUUCGCACGCGGCCAGUUCGCGGCAGCCGUCGUGCAUUACAGCCGCGCGCUUGCGGAGCAGCCGCACAGCGCCGUGCUGCUUAGCAACCGCUCCGCCGCUUACCUCGCCAUGCGCUGGUGCGUGUUUGCACAGGCAGAGGCUGAUGCAGAGAAGGCGGUGUCGCUGCGCCAGGACUGGCCGAAGGCGCAUGCGCGGCUGGCGGCGGCCAAAGUCGGCCUCAGAAAAUUCACGCAGGCUGCUGCAUGCUACCAGUUGUGCGUUGCGCUCGCUCCAGCCAGCAAGGAGUACACAGCUGCACUCAGAUCUGCCCAGGCGGCUGCAGCGAAGCAGGGGAGCGCUAGUGAGGAGCCUAAGCAUACACCGCCUGCUGAACAACAACAAGACCUGGACCAUGAGAGUAAUGGCACAGCUCCCAUCAACUCGCAUGAGAGACUGGACCGGGUGGCAGCAGCGCAGCAGCGGGUGAAAGAGGCUGAGAGCAGUGGAGAGGAGUGGAAGGCGCAGGAGGACAGAAAGAGGGCCGAGGAAGAGGCGGCCAGGUCAGCAAGGGCCGAGCGCAAGCGCACAGCUUCCUUGUUGGUGGAAGCUGCCGCCCGCGACGCGGCCGCCGCGCUCCGUGUGGAUGUCAAUGCAAGCGAGCGCCAGAUCAGGCACGCAUCCAAAACUCUCGAAUUCAAAUGA